ACCUCGAACAUGGCCGAUUACAACAUCCAAAAAGAGUCAACUCUCCAACUCGAUCGUCCUCUGUUUAUGAAGAUCUUCUUGAAACACUUUCCACUGGUAAAACCAUAGCCUUGGAUGUCGAAAGCUCCGACACCAUCAACAACGUCAAGGUGAAGAUCCAAGAUAUGCAAAGCCUUAUUUUCGCCGGCAAGCAAUUCGAUGAUGGUUGUCGAACUUUGGCCGAUUAUAACAUCCAGCAGGAGUCCAUACUUGGUUCAGAUUUCAUGUUUCCUCGUCGGAUGCCCAUUUUUUUCAAGACAUUAACGGGGAACAUGAUCAAAUUGGAGGUGGAGAGUUGGGAUACUAUCGGUAAUGUGAAGGAGAAGAUUCAGGACAAAGAAGGGAUUCCAUGGUAUCAACAAGUUCUGAGUUGUGGUGGGAUGCAGUUGGAAGAUGGAAAAACAUUGGGUGAUUACAUAUUCAGAAAGAAUCCACUCUUCACCUUGUGUUGCGUCUUCAGAGUAAGAUUCUAA